UACUCUUUAAAAAUGGCAGCCCGCAUAGGGAGUUCGAACUUUUAUUUGAACCUGAAGGACAGGUCACUGAAGAUUGAAGAUCGGCUAAAACUGUUGAGAUAUUCGUGGAAAUCUGGAGAUGUGUUCAUACCAAAUAAAGAACAAGUUCUUGUUGAUAUUCUGACUGGUUUUCUUAUCAACAAGAAAAAGGAACAGUUAAGUGAGGGUGACGUAGAGAGGGUAUGGGAAUGUCUGUGUGAUGUGUUAAAGACAAGGAGAGCAUCUGAACCAAACCGAUUACUUCUCCGGCAGUCCUCCAUCCAGAUGUUAUCGGAAUCCUUAUUGACUGCAAAUGACAGUUGUGGAUUUAUCUUACCUCUGGUUGGCUGUUUUGAAGCUAUUAUGAGAUCUGAUUCACUCUCUACAGUGUUUACUAUGAAACUUGACACAAUGGUUCUUGUGCUGAAAGGGUUGUGUGGAGUGUUGGCAAUUGAUUCAGUUAAAAGCGAGUCACUGGUAUCUUCAGUAGUACAUCAUACAGUUGAUCGAUUCAUCAAGGCAUUGAAAACAGCUCCUAAUCAAAACCAGAUAUUGCAGAAGAUGUGUGACUUGGUCUUACCAAAACUUAUAGGUCUGUGGUCUGCCAGACCAUCAGACUCUGCAGAGAAAAUCUCCACGGCUAUUCAGGCUGUUUUGUGCCAUAGAGAUCAUCACCAAAGCUAUGACAUUUAUUUGAAAGCAAAGCACAGUAAAUCUGGCACUCACAUCCACAAAAAGGCUAAAUACGUGGAACAUCUGUUUACAACUCUAGCAAAAUUGCUACAGACAAACCAAGAACUUCGCAGUUUGUACUUGCCUGUUGUUUUUGAAAACUACAUUGAACACAACUGCCAUAAAGGUAUCCAUCUGACAGCUCACUACUUGAUGAAAGAGCUCUGCUCUUUGACUGGUCUGCAUAGUGACAGCAACAAGCUGUCUGGUCAAGUGAAAACAUCUGUAGUAUUCAGGACUUUACAUCAGCUGCUGAAGAUUAUUCAAGGGAGAGAACUGUAUGAUCAGCACCUGGAUGAGAAAAAUGAGGCAGAACAGUUCAAGUUUUACAGACAUAUUGUACAUUUUCUGAUCACCUGUAAACAGUCAAAUGAUGAUGAAGAUAACUGUGAUGUGAUAUACUGUGACUGGUACUCCUGUCUGACAGUGUUACUACAGCUGAAUCACCAUAUUGUUGAACCAAGACUUCUGGAGAUCUUCAGCAUUGGAUGGAUUGAAACAGAGGUCAAAGAAGAAGAUACAGAAGCCUUAGACGAGAUGUUGUGUGAAUUAGUAACGAUUUACUCAAAAUUACGACAGAUACCAAAACUGAUCACAAAACUGCUUGGAACACUUUGCGUGUGUGACGGAAACACAGUUCUACAACUUACACCUAGAUUUCUGAUAUGUUAUGGUGAAGUUAUCCAGGCAUUACCACAGGGACUGAUGCUGGAUGUAUGGAAAAAAAUUGCAGCUCCACUGAAAGCCCAUUUUGCCAAUCCUGAAACUAAACAAGAUGCAGGACAUUUUCAAGGCAUCUGUCUUUUGUUUCACCACUUUCUACUGAAUGUCAAGGUUGCAGACUACACUGUUACAGAUUUAACCUUGAAAUCUGUACAAGAGUUGCUGGUUGUCAUGGAAACAGAAAUGUUAUCACCUCUAUUGAAGGAAACCAUAGACAGCAAGGAUGUGAAUAAGUUGAAGUACACAUUAUUUUUGAGUCAGGCAUGGGGUGAAGUAGUGGCUAUGUUAGCUCUGUAUACAAAGCACAGAGCUAGUGAGUUUCAGACUAAAGUGUUAGUUUCGCAUGAAGGUGAUCUUUCCUAUGUUCAUGGAUAUCUAGAGAGAAAAAAGUGGAUGAAGUUGUACAAGAUGGUGUCACAGCAUGAAGAUCCAAAUUUACUUUAUGUUUGGGAUAUGUUGAUGGUACAAAAGGUGAGGACUAUGUUAUUGUUUAGGGAUGUCAGUGAUUGGUCAGUGAUAUCUGAUACCAUGGCAACAUUCAUUACCUACUUGAAAGAUGCAGAAGUCAAGGACACAGAUGCUCCUUGGUCAGGCAGGUUGGAGGACAUUACAGCAAACAACCUGCAAACAGCAAGAUGGCAUCUGCUGUCAUCAAAUAUGGCCGCCAUUUAUACAGUUCUGUCGGAGGAGCAGUUGAAGAAUCUUGCAGACUUUAUUGUCAGAUGUGCUGUGACAUGUAAAACCACAUGUUCUGUUAAGAGCUUUAGCCUUGGAAGCAUUAGCAAGGAGUUUUUGAAGUCCGCUGUUAUGAGAGAGUCUGGUCAUCUACUGUCGUUUGUUGUCACUUCUGUUUGGAAGAAUUGUGGAAUAAUCUUCAGCAGCAGAAACCAGAAAAGCAGUCCAAAGAAAAAGAAACAUGAUGCUGUCACAACAAACAUCACAUCCCUGAUAUCUGUGAUUGGAGAUUCUGACUUAUCAUGGCCUCGGCACAUGAAUAGUGAGGGUAUGGGCAGACUGAAGGAAGCAUCUGAAGCUCUGACAAUGAUCUGGAGUAAUACAAAUACAGUACAUAUAGGGGAUCUGAGACAGCUGCAGGAAUGUGUCAAGAUCAUUCGGUGUCUCCCACUGGAACAUUUGUGGUCUUGUGAUCAAAUCAGGUGCUUGAUUGGUUUGCUGGCUGUGGAAUGUUUGACAGGUAGAUUUGAGGACCAGUUUAAGUGUGAGAGUAUUAAAGAACUGUCAUGCGACUGUAUGGAACUGUGCACAUAUAUCCUGGAAUCAUGUGGAACGGUACCAGUAUUUCAAGUGAUUGAUGCAGAGUCAUUCCUGGACUGGUUACACACACUGCUUGGGUCUUCAUCAUUAGGUAUAACAGAGUACUACAAAUGUUUAGUACUAACCGAGGUUACAAGCCAAGCUGUAGUUAGAGAAGUUGGUACAGAAGAGAAAGUAGCCUCAUUCACUGAUAAGCUGUGUAGAGAGAUGAAGAAGGAUCAAGAAACAAAUGGUUUGACCUUGACCUUAUUUCUGCUGCAGGAAAUCUGUAAGCUUUUGAGCAAACCCUUCUUGAAGGAUGAUGUCAAGGAAACAUGUAACAAGAUGUAUAACUCUGUGUCAAAGUCAGUUCUCAAAUUGUCUCCCUUGCUUGAAUCUUCAAACAGAAGCCACAAGGAGGCUGUUUUGAUGCGGACAUAUGCUGUAGUGCUAACGGCAGCACAUAAAAAUGAGAAUGUAGAGAAGGUGUUUCUAGAGAACUUUUCAGAUAUGUUUUUCUGGUGUGAGACAGUUUUGAAAAAUAUGGAAACCACAGAUGUUUACACAGUGCUGUCUGCUCUAAUAUUUCUCUAUACUGUAUCCAAACACCAUAUUCUGUUGAAGCUGCAGUUAGGCAUAGAGGAUAAGCUUAGAAUAUGGAAGUUACUUACAGCUGUGCUUAGAAAGUUACUGAGUGCACAGUCUGCUGCAUCAAUGAACAAGCCACAUUCAGAAUCAGUAUGCCAGCCUACAGUUAUUGAGAAGCAGUCUGAUUCAAGAAAACUGUCCCAGUCUGUUGAAGAAAGCCCAGAUUCCCAGUCAGAACAAGAUAAGUUGGACACAAAAUCUCGUAAAAAGAAAAGGAAGUCUGAAAGAAAAACUGCAAUACACGUCUGUGAUUCAAUUACAGGCAACACUGACUCAAAUGAUGAUAUUACUAGGCAGAUUAUGAAAAUCAAUGAAUUACUUCAAGGUUCUUUUGAAACAACUACUGAAAAUGUAUUUGGCACUGUUAGUGGCAGAGUCUUGAAUGUAGAAAAUUUGACCUUGGAAAUAGAUGAUACAGUACUGAAUCCAGCAAUGAUGAGCUCCCUUUGUAGAUCUUUGAUGUUUGAAGGUCAGCUAGAGUUUCAGAGGUCAAAGGUCAUAAGGAUGCAAGUACAGAGUGUGAUGGCAGCAUUAUUGGUGACCUUUGACCUUGAGCAAUUGAAAGAGGUCCUACAGGAACUGGUGGACAAUGUGCAUACGAGUGCACUGUACACAGACAGAGGUAGCAUACAGUCUUCAUUGUAUAUUUGGCGACAUCUUCUGAAACUAGAAUUCUCAGACGAGCAGAACAAGGUCAUCAAGUACUCCGCAAAAGAUAUGAUGUUGAAUUUCCAGUGCAUUUCUCAGCAACUGCAGCAUGUUCUAUUAGAGGAUGUGGUUGUUGAUAUUACUAUACCAAUACUACAUACACAACAACAGAUGUUAACAUCUGGACAGAAAUUUCUACCAUCACGGAGCAGCAUACUAUGUUUAUACAGUUGUUUGUACACACCACUAGGGGGCAGCACAUAUUUCCCAGCUUUCAGUGCAGUGUAUAGUGUGCUAGACACACUUCUUGUGCAUCAUGCUGAAACAGUGUUCCAGAAUAUACCAGCAUUCCUGAGCUGUGCUAAGCGAUUACUACUGUCUGUGGUAGAGCAGUCUAACCAGGACAAGAUCUCUCAGCUACCUGAGGUCAUCAAACAACUUAUGGCAUGUGCCUAUCAGAUGGAAAGGCUGUUUUCUUGUAUAUCCAGUCACAAGGUGGAGUUUGGCAAGGUGGCCAUGUAUGUUGUAUCGGACUAUGUUACAGCUGUACAGAAAGUUACACUCCUUCCUGCCAUCAAAAGGGCUCUGGUACCUGCUGUAUACAAGAUGUUGGACUUGUGUGAUAAACACGCGAUAUCACAGCUACAUGUAGUGCUCAGUCAUGGUGUUACGGAGGUGUUCAGACUGCUGUACAAAGAAUAUACCAAGUUCCAUAAAUACCAGGGGAAAAUAUAGUUACACUUAGUGCUCAGUCAUGGUGUGACAGAGGUGUUCAGGCUGCUGUACAAUAUAUACCAAGUUCCACAAAUACCAGGGGAAAUGUAGCUUGAUACUGUUCAGUGGGUGUUCAGACUUCAGCACUAUGAGAAUAUAUAAAGUUUAAUAUAUGACAAGGGGAUAUUGUUGCUUGGAGCUGUGUUCAGACUUCAGUACUUUGAGGAUAUAUAAGGUUCAUCAUAUUACACAGGGAUAUUUUGGUGUGCCGUAUUUAGACUGAAGUGUUGUGUUAUUAUAUAUUAAGACAAGUUACAAGAGAAGUUUGUUAUAUCUAUUUUCUGUCAUAAGUGUUCAGACUUGAGAAACAUGAAUAUACGAUGCUACAAAUUACAAAUCUUUAUUUUAUUGAAAUAAAAUAUAUGAAUUUAA